AUGGCUAAUGUCUAUCUUUGGUACCCACUUAAUAUCGUUACAGGUGGCACGACCGCCAAAAUCAUCGUUGCCGCAAAGGACAGUUUUCUUGGGAAAUAUAUAUACAAAGACACUCUGGCUAGGAAUCUUGCAGCUGUUAUAUAUAGAGACGAAAAGGAAAUGCAGAAGAUUGCUAGGAAACAGUUUCGUAUGCUGCGAUCGGCAACAGAAUUUCGAUACGGCUACAAACUUGUGGAAAACAACAAUUUGAGGUCCGCACUGGCCGCAAACGGUGUGAUUGAGCUUCCAACUCAGGAUGAACUCAAAACUGUUGUGGAUAAGGUGAAGGAUUUUUUCGGAGAUGCAAAAGAAUCUUUUGGGAAGAUGACAUUCCUGAAUAUGGGAGCUGAAUCAUCAGAAGAAAAUGCUAAAGAAGAAUCUAAAGAAAAAUCCACCGCGAAAAGCUAA